AUGGAUCCAAAUUCGCAGAAUAACGACUCAAAAUCUAAAAUUCAUAAAUCAAAAGGUAUUAGAAAGAUAAAAAGCAUUAAAACUAAAAGACUGAGCACUACUAAUUCCUACAAGAGUCUUCAAAAAUCCGAAAAAAAUGAAAGAAAACAAAGUGCCCAAAUUAUCGAUUACAAAUUAUCAUUUAAAGUUGGAGUUUCAGAGGAAAAAAAUUCGAAAUUUAGAAAAACAAUGGAAGAUGUUCACACUUAUAUAUCGAACUUCAAUGAAACCUUGGACUGUGGGUAUUUUGCAUUAUUUGAUGGACAUGCAGGAGUUGAAACAGCAAAUUGGUGUGGCAAAUAUUUGCAUUUAUUAUUGAAGAAAAAAAUCGAGGAAAAGAAAAUUUCUUCUCAUUCUAUUGAUAUUAAAGGAUGCUUAAAUGAUACAUUUCAAGAAGCUGAUUUCUUAAUUGAAAGUCAUCCAAAUAAAAUCGGAUUGCGUGGUGGAUCUACAGCUGCAGUGGCAGUAGUUCUUUGGGAAAAGAAUGAAAAACAAACAAAUGAUAAAUACAAAGAUAAAUACAAAGAUAAAGAGAAUUUCAAUGACAAUGACAAUGACAAUGACGAUAUCAAGUAUAAUAAAUUACGAAAAAUCUUUGAUUAUGUUCCUCCAAAUGACAAUUAUAAAAGAGUGUUGUAUACUGCUAAUGUUGGAGAUUCCCGAAUAAUUUUAUGCCGUAAUGGCUUUGCAAUUAGAUUAUCUUAUGACCAUAAGGGAGGAGAUUCCAACGAAAGCACACGAAUCGUUAAUAGUGGCGGGAUGAUUAUAAGAAAUCGAGUUAAUGGGAUUUUAGCUAUUACAAGAGCAUUGGGUGAUUGCUAUAUGAAGGAAUUGGUUAUUGCAAAACCUUAUACAACAUCUUUAGAAAUGACAAGAGAUGAUGAUUUUUUAAUCAUUGCUUGCGAUGGACUAUGGGAUAUAGUGAAGGACCAAGAAGCAGUUGAUUUGAUUAAAGAUGUCAAAGACUGCGAUAAAGCCAGCAAAAUUUUAUCGGAUUAUGCAAUAAAAAACGGAAGUAUGGAUAAUAUUACAAUUAUGGUAGUUAGAUUUGACCAAAGAAUAUUUGAUUAUAAAGACGACAAAAAGGUUAAAAAAAACAGUUUUGAAAACCCAGAGACUGAAAAGUCGUCUCGGAUAAGAUAUGGUAACAGAGAGAGAAGAUUUAGCAUAUUAGAGCCUGCAUGCAUAAUAACCCUGAACAAAAGUUCUAAACAUUGAUUUGUUGCUUUAGACUUGAUAAAGCUCUUGAUUUAGGAUAAUUUUGUCGUGUGUAUUAUGAAUUUUUUUAUAUUUUUUAUAUUUUUUAUAUUUUUUAUAUUUUUUAUUUUUU